AUGGGUGCGCAAAAGGAAGAUGUGGAAAAGUUCCUCAAAGGGAAUCCUGCGUUUGCUUCUCAGUACUUUUCCAAGAAGAUCAGCCAGUUCCAGGAGCUCAGUCAGGUUGAGGAAAGCCUGAUCAUGUAUGACCUGAUCAAAGACAUGCAGGAGAACAUCAACGUGGAAAAAGUGGUCUUCAAGAUCCUGAAGAGGAUCACUGCUCUCAUCCACGCUGACCGCUGCAGCUUGUUCAUGUACCGGCAGCGGAACGGCAUCGGAGAGCUUGCCACAAGGCUCUUCAAUGUCAGCACAGACUCGGAGUUGGACGACUGUGUGGUGCCACCAGACUCUGAGAUCGUCUAUCCGCUGGACAUGGGAAUAGUCGGCCACGUGGCCCUGACCAAGAAGACUGUUAAUGUGAAAGAUGUCACAGAGAACCAGCACUUCAGCUCAUUUGUCGAUGAACUCACAGAAUACCAGACCAAGAACAUUCUGGCUACGCCCAUCCUCAACGGUAAAGACAUGGUGGCAGUGAUCAUGGCUCUAAACAAGACCACAGGACCACAUUUCACUGCUGAGGACGAAGACCUUUUUUUAAAGUAUCUGAAAGUUGCCUCAUUGAACUUGAAGAUCUACCAUCUGAGUUACCUGCACAGCUGUGAGACACGUAAAGGAAUGCUGCUGCUAUGGUCUGCCAACAAGGUAUUUGAGGAGCUGACAGAUAUUGAGCGACAGUUUCACAAAGCCUUGUACACAGUCCGAGCCUACCUCAACUGUGACCGCUACUCUGUCGGCUUACUGGACAUGACAAAGGAAAAGGAAUUCUUUGACAUCUGGCCUGUGUUGAUGGGAGAGCAGCCACCUUACUCUGGUCCUGUAACUCCUGAUGGCAGGGAGGUAAUUUUCUACAAAGUGAUUGAUUAUAUAUUACAUGGAAAAGAAGACAUCAAAGUCAUACCCAAUCCACCUGCAGAUCACUGGGCCUUGAGCAGCGGCCUGCCAACUUAUGUUGCUGAGAGUGGUUUUAUUUGUAACAUUAUGAACGCAGCUGCUGACGAGACGUUCCAGUUUCAGACUGAGCCACUUGACAGCAGUGGUUGGACCAUAAAAAAUGUUCUGUCGCUGCCAAUUGUCAACAAAAAAGAAGAGAUAGUAGGAGUGGCCACUUUUUACAACAGAAAAGAUGGAAAGCCUUUUGAUGAUCAGGAUGAGCAGCUCAUGGAGGCUUUGACCCAGUUCCUGGGCUGGUCAGUUUUGAACACCGACACUUAUGACAAAAUGAACAAGCUCGAGAAUCGGAAAGACAUUGCUCAGGACAUGGUGCUCUACCAUGUCAAAUGUCGGGAUGAUGAGAUUCAGAAUAUCCUGAACACCAGAGAGGUCCACGGCUGUGAACCCAGAGAUUGUGAAGAGGAUGAGCUCCUAGCUAUGCUGAAAAAAGAUCUACCUCCAUUGAUUAAGAAGUUUGAGAUCUACGAGUUCCGCUUUUCAGAUUUUAACUGCACAGAGAUGGAUCUGGUGAAGUGCGGGAUCCAGAUGUACUAUGAGGUCGGGGUGGUCAAGAAGUUCCAGGUCCCUCAAGAGGUGCUGGUUCGGUUCAUGUACUCAGUCAGUAAAGGCUACCGACGAAUCACCUACCACAACUGGCGCCAUGGCUUCAACGUGGGACAGACAAUGUUUACACUAUUAACGACGGGGAUGCUGAAGCGGUAUUACACUGACUUGGAGGUAAUGGCCAUGAUAACUGCGGGCUUCCUGCAUGAUAUUGAUCACAGAGGGACAAACAACUUGUACCAAGUCAAAUCUGGUAACCCUCUGGCCAAGCUACAUGGUUCCUCCAUCCUGGAACGACACCAUCUAGAGUUUGGAAAGUUCCUCUUGGCUGAUGAGUCACUGAAUAUCUACCAGAACCUUCACAGGCGACAGGUGGACCAUGUCAUUCAUCUCAUGGACAUUGCCAUCAUCGCCACUGACCUGGCUCUUUAUUUCAAGAAAAGAACCAUGUUCCAGAAGAUCGUGGACCUUUCACACACAUACGAGGAUGAAAAGAAGUGGGUCGACUUCAUGUCUCUAGAAACAACCAGGAAGGAGAUCGUCAUGGCUAUGAUGAUGACCGCAUGUGACUUGUCUGCUAUCACCAAGCCUUGGGAGGUGCAGAGCAAGGUUGCCUUGUCUGUAGCAGCAGAGUUUUGGGAGCAGGGUGACCUGGAGAGGACAGUACUGGAACAGCAACCCAUUCCCAUGAUGGACAGGAACAAGGCAGCUGAGCUUCCAAAGCUACAGUGUGGUUUCAUUGACUUUGUCUGCACGUUUGUCUACAAGGAGUUCUCUCGCUUCCACCCACAAAUCACUCCCAUGCUGGACGGCAUCCUCAAUAACAGGAAGGAGUGGAAUGCUAAAAAAGAAGAGUAUGAAGCUAAACUCAAAGUUAUUGAGGAAGAGAAGGCUGCCAAAGAGGCAGCUUCCGGCAGUAAAGCUGCUGCAAACAACCCCAGCGCCGGGGGUUCUGGCUCCAAGACCUGCUCUGUGUGCUAGAAGGUCAUAAAGCUGUGAACUUGAUGGAGGUGCACACGGACAGCUCACAACAGACUGACUUCAGAAUUACCUUCAGAAUCACAACCAGUCAGCCACUCAGUCUGACCGCCAAGGGGGAAAAAAAUGAAUUAGUAAGGAAGACGGAUACACGAGUGAAUACAAAGCCCCAAUAGUAUUUCCUCAGAGAAACUGGUUCCAAACAGAAAAAAAAAAACUGAACAAGGAGAGAAUCCUUUUUUAUCUUGAAGGGACACUAACCAGGUGAGCCAAAAUAUGAAUUCAGAACAAGGCAGGACAUCUGGGAAAAACACUAACUGAAGAACAACAGAAGCUGCCAGUCAUGACUACUGCUUCUACUUCAGGGUACAUUUAAACAAAGUUACCUGUCUUAAAAUUAUUUGUUUUUAAAUUUGAAUCAGGAGAUCAGUGUUUUUUUGAAUCUCAGGUUUUCACUCGUCCUCACACAGUACCUGUUUCCUGACAUUUCGAGGAUUAUGGAUUAUGUAUUAUGUUAAGAGUGAACGUUCUAUACAAGUA